UAUGAUUGCAUAGCUUUCUCAUUUGAUCAAAGCGAAUUAUACAUAAUCAUAACUUGGUUACAAAUCUUCUUUGACCAUGUCACUCAAUGCUUUCUUUGAUCAAAGAUAAAGACUACUUAUUUGUAACUUGAUUGACUGUAACAGUUUUAGACGUGACGAAACUUUUGUAACUUCCUUACCAAUUUGCAAUUUUGUAACCUUUGCAAUAAAAUCGUAUGGUGUAAAUGUCUUUAAAUGUAACUAAAGAAAUUGAUUUAACAUCUGGAAGAAUUGCACAAGUCUAGUCAUUACACCCAUACCUAUUGAAGUUUACAUUUCACAAUGACUGCAGUCGAUAAAUCUUAUAACACUUUAAAAAAUGAAUUUCUGUUCGAAAUGGAUUACAUCAGUAAUAUUGGCACCAAAAUGUUCAUCUGUCCUUUCAUUGGUCGAUCAAAACGCACCGUCUUCUAUUACUACUUUACCUACAGCUUAAUUCUCCUUACAGUGACCCAAUUGUCCGUCACUCUAUGCUUGAUUGGAUUCAGUGACUGGUUCGAGAUUGUCAACAUCGCACCUAAUCUCGGCGUCUGCCUUAUGAUCUUGAUCAAAUACAAGAAGAUCCAUGACAACAAAGAGUUGUAUGACCAAAUAUUCAAGCAUUUUCGCGAUGAUCUGUGGGAAGCUAUCUCAGAUUCUUUGGAGCACAAGAGAAUUUUGAGCCGAUACACGCAAAUGACUAAAUUGAUCAUCAGGUUUGAGUUUUACUACACAAUAGGACUGGCCAUUGUUGUCGAUUUGUUUCCAAGAAUUAUCAUGUUUUACGAGAAUGAUUUCCUUAAGAAAGAGAAGCAAUAUUUAUACCCGUUUGAUGGCUGGUACCCUUUCGAUAAAAUCCAAUGGUUCUACGCGGCAUACUUAUGGGAAAGUUUUAUGACUACCGUAGUCAUUUUCAUCUUCGUAUUUGUUAACAUGCUUCAUGUGUCUUAUACAAGAUACAUUUGCAUGGAGUUGAAAAUUCUGGGCAAUACCAUGGAAGGUCUGAUAAGUAAAAAAGAUGUGAAGGAUAUUAAAAAAGGAAGGGACGUCAAAAAUGUGCAUUACAAAAUAAGACAAAAAUUAAGAUUUGUAAUAGUAAAACAUCAAUUUCUUGCCAAAAUAACCGCGGACCUAAAUGAAGUCUUGGGUGAUGGAAUGCUUUUAACUUAUAUAUUUGGAUCAGUUUUCAUUUGUCUUACAGCUUUUACAGCCACGGUGGUUGAUGAUCUAUACAAGUCAUUAAGAUAUUUUUCAUUCUUCUGUUCUUUGCUUGUUGAAGUAUUCUUCCAAUGUAUUAUGGGACAGCUUCUAACUAAUCACAGCGAGAAAUUAGAAACUGCCAUCUAUUUUGCGGACUGGGUGUACGCCGAUGAGAGUACGAAGAAAAUGCUUUUUAUAUUUCUGAUGCGAGCACAAAAACCCUUUGCAUUUACUGCUAAAGGUUACCUGAAUAUGAAUCUAGAUACAUUUAGUGGGAUCUGCAGUCUGUCUUAUCAGUUCUUCAAUCUACUGCGCACUGCAUCGGAAUGAAAUCUCUAAUUUUAUUUAUUCAAUUUC